AUGGAUCUUUUUUUAUCGACACCAGCUUUGGCUAUCUCCAAGCCAGUACCUUCUAAUUCGGAGGGGAUUCGGACAUUCCUCGAAAAAGCUGCAGAUGAAGGCUUGGUCCUACUUCAGUCUCCAAAGAAUUCACAUUAUUGUGCUGCAGAAACAAAGAGUGAAAAGAGAGCCAAGUGCUUUGCUAUAUUGAAGUUUGAACAGCUAGUUGGUGGCGAGCUUCCAAUUGAGUCUGAUGUAUCUGGGGAAGUCAUCAAGAUACUCCGAGAGGAUGGUGAUCCUGUUGGGUAUGGCGAUGCUCUAAUUGCGAUCCUUCCAUCGUUUCCUGGGAUAAAUUAA